CAUAAUUCCUCUAACUUCAAACCAUGUCCCCAGUAAGUAAGUGAGUGCACAUGUCGUUUUCUCCGUCAAACUCGGACAAAUUUAUUUUUCGAAUUCAAAUUUCAAGCGCUUUACCCUUUUUCUUUUUCCGCACUGUUUUAAUCAAAAUCAUCCUCAACUUCCCCAACUCCAACUCCGUUACUUCAGAUCUGAAUUCCCAAAUAUAUUUACACAAUCCAGAGCAGAGUAAUGGGGAUAUUGUACGGGAUGGUAGCGAGGGGGCAGGUGGUGUUGGCCGAGUUCAGCGCAACUCAGACUAAUGCCAGCGUUGUAGCCAGGCUGAUACUGGAGAAGAUGAAAGAAGUGAAGAAUAAUUGUAUUUCAUCGUUUUCUCAUCAUCCUUAUAUUUUUCAUGUCAAGGGAACCGAUGGUCUCACCGUUCUUUGCAUGGCCGAUGAUGCCUCCGGAAGGAUAAUCCCUUUCGCUUUCCUUGAAGAUAUCCAUAAAAAAUUUGUAAAGACAUUUGGUCGUGCUGUUCAUUCGGCUUCAGCUUAUGCUAUGAAUGAUGAAUUCUCCAGGGUUCUAUGUCAACAAAUAGAUCAUUUCUCAAGAAACCCGAAUGUUGAUAGAUUAGACCGUUUAAAAGGGGAGAUGAAUCAGGUACAGAGUGUAUUGAUUGACAAUAUUGAGAAAGCCUUGGAGAGAGGCGACCGCUUGGCGCUUCUUGUUGAAAAGGCUAUAACAAUGCAGCAGCCUAUGCAGGGGAAUAAUAGUACAGUUGCGCUCAAAAGGAAAGCUCGUAUCUGGUGGAGAGAUUGUAAGUUCACGGCGACAUUGAUGCUGUUGUUUUUGCUGACCAUCGUUUAUGUUUCGCUCGCAUUUGUUUGUAAUGGCCUCUUUUUAUCGUCCUGCUUCAAUCAUAUGACAAUGGCUUCCGUGGUUCCUCACAUGUUUUAGAGUAGCUGUUAGCUGUAGCCCCUAAAUGCCUGUAAUGAUACAAUUCAAGUUUAGAAAUGUACGCAUAAGCUGAAAUUCAAAGAAUAUUACAAGAUGAUAUAAAAAUAGUGUCCUUUACAUUUA